UUGGUGGAGGAGGAAUAAUGGCCUGGAGCUGUUUUUCAUAGUUCUGGCAAGGCUCCUUAGAUCCAGUGAAGGGAAAUCUCAACCCCAUCGAACACCUUUGGGAUGAACUGGAACAGACUCUUACACAUACUUUAAAGGCUACAUCCCAAAUGGGCCCUGGCACAAAGCGCACUAUAAAGGGAACAGGGAUCCAUUUAGGAUGCAGGCUUUAAAGUAUGUGUAGGAGUCUGUUAAGAAAGCAGAAGUUUCACUGACAUAGUAUGUCCUACCUGGUUUCAGUUCCCGUUAUUCUGUGGAGGCUAUAAAUGGUGUAGCAUAAUAACUGUAAAGUCAAUUACUCCAAAAGAAACAAACAAGUCAUGGCAAGGAAAGUCCCUAAUUACGGCUACAUGAAGUUGGAUGCAAUGCCGAGGUCAUAGGGCUAGAGUUCUAGGCUGCAUAUGUUACACACAUUUUUUAUUUUAAAAAGUAUAAUGUUUUAGGUAUGCAAAAUACUCAAACUUGGUUGUGCAGUCAGCCUGGUAAAAAGGCAUUUGAGAGGGUGUUCUAUUAUGACCGUGUACGGGGCAUGCGCGUUUCUCCAAGGCCAGUUUCCAUAGCAGUGGUCGCACCGCGAGAUGAGUUCUCCAACUUAUGAUGAUUGACUGACACCAACCGUGCGAGCUCCUUUGAUAUGGAUCUUACUAUGGACUUACGUACGUUACAUUUUAUAUAGCCUAGUAGCCUUCCUAAUUGUUUCCUGCCCAAUUGAUUCAGUGCGCUUUUGCGUUUUGGCAAGAGACUGUAGCUGAGACAAAAGUCCGACUGAUUGGGUAAAACAAACAAUUAUGGGCAAUCAAGACGGUGAAUUCUGCUUCUUAAUUUGAGCUAAUAUUUAUUUUGGUCAUCACAGUGUGCUUUUCGUUUUUGAACGCCAUCCGACAAAAAUGAGCUGUUUUGGGCGGGGGCUGAGGCGGACGGCCCCUGCACGCGGCAGCAGCAGGAAUGAGCUGGUGACCCCCUCGACGGCAUCUCUCUCCAGGGUUAACGGCUGGGCCUGUCCCCCUCACUCCUUCCAGCUGGUGGGAUGGACAAUAUACAGCUACAUGGCUGUAGUUGGCUUCGGGAUCUAUAUCCCACUACUACCUUCACCCUGGAGCCACAUGGCCUACUCUCUGACUGGCAUAGCCUUCAUUGUGCACCUGGUCAGCCAUCUAGCUGCCGUGUCUAUAGACCCAGCAGAGGCAGGCGUCCGUGCCAAGAAGAGCUACUCCAACCCACUGCCUGUCUUCGACAAGAAGAAACAACCACAUGUUAUCCACAACCUACACUGCUACCUGUGUAAAAUCAAUGUGGACCCGAAAGUGAAACACUGUGGUGUGUGCAACAAGUGUAUUGAAGACUUUGACCACCACUGUAAAUGGCUGAACAACUGUGUGGGGGGGCAGAACUACUGGUACUUCUUUGUGACGGUGUUGUCUGCUACACUGGGCGUCCUUGUGCUUCUCAUGGUCGUCCUGUUCAUCUUCAUCCAGCAUUAUAUGGACCCUGCCAGUCUCCGCACCGCACAACAGUUUACCAGUGUGAUGAGUAACGGGACGUGGCUGGUCUUCCUGUCUGUAGGUGUGAUGAGUAACGGGACGUGGCUGGUCUUCCUGUCUGUAGGUGUGAUGAGUAACGGGACGUUGCUGGUCUUCCUGUCUGUAGGUGUGUUGAGUACUGUAGGUGUGAUGAGUAACGGGACUUUGCUGGUCUUCCUGUAUGUAGGUGUGAUGAGUAAUGGGACGUGGCUGGUCUUCCUGUCUGUAGGUGUGAUGAGUAACGGGACGUUGCUGGUCUUCCUGUCUGUAGGUGUGUUGAGUAACGGGAUGUUGCUGGUCUUCCUGUCUGUAGGUGUGUUGAGUAACGGGACGUGGCUGGUCUUCCUGUCUGUAGGUGUGAUGAGUAACGGGACGAGGCUGGUCUUCCUGUCUGUAGGUGUGUUGAGUAACGGGACGUGGCUGGUCUUCCUGUCUGUAGGUGUGAUGAGUAACGGGACGUUGCUGGUCUUCCUGUCUGUAGGUGUGAUGAGUAACGGGACGGGGCUGGUCUUCCUGUCUGUAGGUGUGUUGAGUAACGGGACGUUGCUGGUCUUCCUGUCUGUAGGUGUGAUGAGUAACGGGACGUUGCUGGUCUUCCUGUCUGUAGGUGUGUUGAGUAACGGGACGUUGCUGGUCUUCCUGUCUGUAGGUGUGAUGAGUAACGGGACGUGGCUGGUCUUCCUGUCUGUAGGUGUGAUGAGUAAUGGGACGUUGCUGGUCUUCCAGUCUGUAGGUGUGUUGAGUAACGGGACGUUGCUGGUCUUCCUGUCUGUAGGUGUGAUGAGUAACGGGACGUGGCUGGUCUUCCUGUCUGUAGGUGUGAUGAGUAACGGGACGUUGCUGGUCUUCCUGUCUGUAGGUGUGUUGAGUAACGGGACGUUGCUGGUCUUCCUGUCUGUAGGUGUGAUGAGUAACGGGACGGGGCUGGUCUUCCUGUCUGUAGGUGUGAUGAGUAACGGGAUGGGGCUGGUCUUCCUGUCUGUAGGUGUGUUGAGUAACGGGACGUGGCUGGUCUUCCUGUCUGUAGGUGUGUUGAGUAACGGGACGGGGCUGGUCUUCCUGUCUGUAGGUGUGUUGAGUAACGGGACGGGGCUGGUCUUCCUGUCUGUAGGUGUGUUGAGUAACGGGACGUUGCUGGUCUUCCUGUCUGUAGGUGUGAUGAGUAACGGGACGGGGCUGGUCUUCCUGUCUGUAGGUGUGUUGAGUAACGGGACGUUGCUGGUCUUCCUGUCUGUAGGUGUGUUGAGUAACGGGACGUUGCUGGUCUUCCUGUCUGUAGGUGUGAUGAGUAACGGGACGGGGCUGGUCUUCCUCUCUGUAGGUGUGUUGAGUAACGGGAUGUUGCUGGUCUUCCUGUCU